ACGUCGUAAGACGCACGAACUGUACUGUGCAAUUUUUGCAGAAGACAGAGACGAACCCUAGAACAAGAUACUCAGAUUCAGAUUCUCGAUUUCCGUGACGAAUUCAUAAAUUGAUAUGCCCAAUACCUCAUCUUCCAAAAAGCACUGUCAAGAUCAGCCUCAAUUAAGUGGUCCCAUUCCUAAAUCUCAUAUGGCCAAAUCUGAAGAAAAUAAAAAGAACUCGGGUAAGAAACUCAAAGAUGUAGAAAUAAGUGUUCCGAUAGUGUAUGGGAACAUAGCAUUUUGGCUUGGCAAAAAAGCUAGUGAGUAUCAAUCGCAUAAGUGGACUAUAUAUGUUCGUGGAGCAUCCAAUGAGGACUUGGGGGUUAUUAUAAAGCGUGUUGUUUUUCAGUUGCAUUCUAGUUUCAAUAAUCCCAUGAGGGUUGUGGAUGCACCUCCUUUUGAGUUGUCAGAGGCCGGAUGGGGAGAAUUUGAAAUUGCCAUCACACUUUAUUUCCACAGUGAUGUCUGCGACAAGCCUUUGAACUUAUAUCAUCACUUGAAGUUGUAUCCAGAGGAUGAAAACAGUUCCAUGUCCACAAAGAAGCCUGUUGUUGUGGAACUUUAUGAUGAGAUAGUUUUCCCUGAUCCCUCCGAAGCUUUUUUAGCUCGUGUGCUGAAUCACCCAGCUGUGCACUUGCCAAGAUUACCUGCUGGGCUUACCUUGCCUCCUCCCAUUCCCGUCGAAGAUGCGAGUAAAAGGAGGAAAGGUGAUACCAAAGAUAAUCCCUUAAGCCAAUGGUUCCUCAAUUUCUCAGAAGCAGAUGAACUCUUACAGCUUGCAGCAGCUCGUCAGCAGGUUCAAGCUCAUAUUUCAAAACUCAAACGACAGAUAAGUUUGAUUGAAGGACAACAUAAGCAGCUUAAAUCUUCUUCUGACCAAUAGAUGAAUAUUAGAACUUUGAGGUGAAUUUUCAAAUUAGUCAGAGUGCUGUGGAAUGGUUGAUUAAAUGUUCUUGAUCAGCUAUUUGUUUCUUCAGUUGUAUUUGUAAUUUAUUUCAAUUUUGUCUGUGGUGUUAAAAUUGUAUAAGUUUAAUUAAUUUUUCUUUUCCAAUAAACACAAGCGCCAUAUCUGUAUGAUUUAUAUUGAUAAAAGAUUAACAAAAUUCAAUAGUUCUUUUUUGUUUAUUAUAAAUAUACAUUCAGUAUAGCUGCUAUA